AGAGACAGAGACAGAGAGAGAGAGAGAGAGAGAGAGAGAGCGAGCGAGCGAGAGAGAGAGAGAGAGCUAGACCAGGAAAAAAGUGGCAAAGACAAAGGAGCGAGCAGGCUUCGGUGGAAGUAGGAGAGAGUCGCGACUGUCGGAAGACCCCGCGUGCGAGUCCCGCUUCCGGCGCCGCCGUCUGGGAGAGGGUCCGGGCAUCAUUCUCUGCUCGGCGUCGAAACUCCCGUUGCCUCUGUUCCAGUGGAAGCGACGCCUCAUGGUCGGCGGCCCGCUGAUGGAAAGAACUGCAAAGCUAUAGGCUUGGGUGACUGGAUGGAAAGAGCUGUCAACGCGUGCUAACCCAGUGAGGAUGGAGGAAGUGGAAACGCAAAGAGAGCGACCGAUGGCGACCGUGUGAUUGAUGACGCCGCCGUCGUGCCGUCGGAGGAGUAAUUUUCAUCUGGAGUAUCGUUGUUUGUGAUCGGGAUAAUUUUUUUUUGGUGGCGGUCCCGUCUCGGGUUCCAGUCUUUCCGCCCCCCCCUCCCUCCCUCCUCGUGACCUUUCUUCACAUCUAUCCUUUAGUGAGAGCAGGUGUUGCUGUGUCAUACGGCCACAGGUCUCAUUUACCUUGCAACCCCCACCCUACCUCUCCACCGCACACACACACACACACACACACACACACACACACACACACACACACACACACACACACACAUAAGCGCCUCUCUUCCAAGUGGCUGAGAGGUUGCUAUGGCAAUGGUUGUCAUGAUGCUGAUGUAGCGUCCUGAAGGUAGUAGUGGUGGAGGUAGUGGUGGGGCUGGAGGAGGGGGCAGCAGCGGUGGUGGAGGCGAACAAUCCGGGAUGGGAAGUGCUCCGUAUCCAGCCGGAGAGUGGAAGGGGAAGGGGCGAGGCGGCCUGCAGGAGCUGGGCUGCAUGCCCUGGAAGAUUAGCAAGCAGAAAUAUGGAGGAGGAGGAGGAGGAGGAGAGGUGGCGGUGGGAGCGGAGGAGAGGAGGUGCAGGGAUCCCAGGGACUCGCAGCAGCAGCAGGAUCUCUCAUCUUCCUCAUCCUCCCUCACCCCUUCGGCGCCUCCCCAGUCCUCUUUGACGCCCCCAGCCAUUUAUCAUGAGAAGCAGCGGAGGGAGCUAUGUGCCCUGCACGCGCUCAACAACGUCUUCCAGGACGGGACGGCCUUCAGUCGGGACACCCUGCAGGAGAUAUACCAGAGGCUUUCUCCCAGCACUCUGGUGACGCCGCAUAAGAAGAGCAUGCUGGGAAACGGGAACUAUGAUGUAAAUGUCAUCAUGGCAGCCCUGCAGACUCGAGGGUUUGAGGCAGUUUGGUGGGAUAAAAGAAGGGAUGUGGGCAGCAUUGAGCUUUCCAACGUGACGGGCUUCAUCCUGAACGUGCCGUCCAACCUGCGCUGGGGGCCGCUGCGGCUGCCACUCAAACGCCAGCACUGGAUAGGAGUUCGGGAGGUGGGAGGAGUCUACUACAACCUGGACUCCAAGCUGCGUAGCCCUCAACCCAUCGGCAGUCAGGAAGAGCUCAGGAAGUUUCUGCGCCAGCAGCUGCGAGGGAAGAACUGUGAACUCCUAUUGGUCGUCUCGGAGGAAGUGGAGGCCAGCCAAACGUGGCGGUCCGACAGCUGAGGGUCCAACCAUCCAAUCGCAGCUCCGACCUGGGCCGACGUGCACAGCCAAACACAUGGAUGCACACUAACAGAUGUUUUUUGUUUUUUUCCCCUAUUUUUUUGGGAGGGGGGGUUGUUGUUUACGCGGCCAUUGCUGGACUCUUAUCUGAUAAGAUGCGGUGAAGGAAACAAACACUUUACAGGGAGAAACAAAGAAUCACCGUCCUUCACUCACAACACAGAUAAGACUUAUGAAGAGUUAUCAUUCUUUUUCCGCUACUCUUGUGUUUUUAUAUAUAUAUUGACUAUUUUUCAAUGUUUGUUUUGAUCUGUUUUUUGAUGUUUUUUCUUCUUUUUACCGUUGAAGUUUCCAAAGUCAUGGGAAUUCAGGCUUUUCUGAAAAAAUGCUGUGCGUAUCUGCCUGUCGCGGACGGUGAUCCUCCCUGCUUCGGUCACGAUGUCCACUGAUGUGUCUCUGUGUUUCUGUCCCUCCCCGUGUGUCCUGGAUCCCUCUCUCUCUGUCCGUACCCUCCGUCCCUCACUUUCACCAAAGCGUGCCCUCCCCUCGCCUCAGUGUGACUCCAUCACACUUUUCUUCUUCUCCGUCACUUUGUCCAUAUCACAGGUGAACAUCGCCAGCUUUGUAGUUCAUCCACCUUUCAAACCCUUCUGGUACAAACUGAGCCUGCACCGUGCUGACGCUGUGCUGACGCAACAGUUUUACUAUUGCAACAAAGCAAUGCAACACCCAGGCCAGGCUCUCCCUCUAGUGGAGGUUUUGCCAGUUUCCUUUUUUUUUUUUUUACAUUCAAAAUGUUAUUAUAAAGUAAUGAGGUCUGCUUGUCAUCAAAGAAAUAAUGCAAUACUUGAGUCCUUUAGUGGAACUAUACUGUAUCAUGAUAUAAUAAUUAAGUUAGGGUGGUAAAGAGAAAUCAGGCGACGAAAUAAUCUCAACUCAAGGGCCUCUUUCUCGCUUUCUCACUAUUUUUGGAGCUUUUGAUCGAAUUGCACGGUGCUCGUCAGCAGUUCGUACUGUCCAAGCUGAUGCAUCUACAAGUCUAUCGGCUGUAAAUUAACCUGCAAAAUCUUUUAAAAUCAUGUUUAACAUGAAUGUCAAAACGAGCAAGAAUACGUAAACUUGAACUCUUGGAAAUAGUGUAGGGCAUUUUUCACAACUGUAAAAGUAAUCGAGAAAAUAACCUGCAGAUGCAUCAAUAAUGAAAGUAACUGUUAGCUGCAGCCCCACUUUGUUCCAUGGCGACUGAGGAAAUUUAAUCCUCGGAUGAGAACUGUUACGAAACGGUCAAAAGCUCCAGAACAAUCAGACAAUGUGGACUGACAGUUUCAGUGUGUCGUCUCAGUGUAAGGAAUGUUAAUUGACUUGUCCAUAUCACUUUAAGUCUUGCGUAAGCAGAGCCACAAUCAUUUCUUGGACGGUUGUAAAAUGUGUCCACACAAACGGACGACAAGACAAGGGACGAAACUUCACUCUGUUCCUUUUUUUCUUCUUCUUCUUUUCCUCCCCUCCACCACCGCAGCCCUCUGUAGCACAACAGCUCAGCUGAUGCAGGGCUCCUUCUUCUUCUCCUCUUAGAAAAAAUCUCCUGUCAAACCUGCCAAACAAAACUCGGACAGGAUGUCACACAUUGUCCCAAACAAGUCUGUCUCACCUUCAGUCAGCGGUGAUCUAUAAUGUGGGAGGUAUCAGCCUGAAGGGGGGGGGGGUUAUGGUGGUUGUUCCUGUGAGGGGAAGUUGUUAGAUGGGAGCGUAGCGUGCCUGGGUAUUGAAUAAUCUAGAAUAAUGUUGGUGGGAAAGUGUAAGUUGACGGGCCUGCCAGAGAGCACGCGUCCUACCAGACGUGUGUUGUGGUCGAUCAUUGUAAAACGGGCCUUGUGAAAGUCUGCCGUCGUGGCUUUCAGAUCAGUCGGUUUAAGAGAACGUGUUUAUACUAUUCAAGUAUUGUCUGUCAAUGACAAUAUUGGCCUUAACUUGUUUACAUUAGAAAAAUAUAUAAAUAUAUGUGUUAGUGUGUACAUUGCUCUGAAAGAGUGAGGGGGGCCUGUGCUGUCCCAGUGCCAUUUCAGGAGAUUAAUUCCAACGCACCAGUUUAUCCUAAAUUUAAAAGAGGAGAAACUGAUGCUCAACCAUCAUGACGUUUUUCACUUGUGCAGCCAAGGACAUUAUGUUGUAUACAAUUUUAUAAAGACACUAUCACAGGAUUUUCAACGGUGCAGCAGCAGCAGCAACUCCUCUUUUGGAGUGAAACUCGCCAAUCCCGGCCCAGUCUGUAGAGCUUCAGCGUCAUAUUAGAUUCAAGUGAACCUCCACUGACACAUCAGACACAGAACUAGUGUCUCACAAACUGCAUUCAACUUUUGUUUUUUUGUAUGUUUUGCCACGACAAUCGGCUCAGCUGAUCCUGUUAAAGGAACCUUGAUUGUCACUCUAUUCUUUUUUUUAUUGCAUAAUAAUAAAAUGCUUAAAAUGGCACUUUAUGUAUAA